UCUAGGGCGUACUUGCUAGCUCUUUCCCACCCAGGGCUGUAGCUCGCCUCAAUGAUAUUUCAUAUAUUGGAGCUUUCGCAUUCUGAGACUUAGAACUGCAGCGGCCAUUCAUGGUGUGAAAUAAUCUCUGAGUCCAAAAUCCAUAUCCAUGUCUGUUCACUCGAAGAAUUAUAUAAACAUGAAGAAAGUUCUCUGUACCCUUCUGGCUUUCGCCGUAAGUCUCGUUAUUUCUCAGCCAACCUUUCAGAACUCCUCUGGUACGCGGCUUCGAGUCGAUAACGGCACUUAUGGACCACCGGUGGAAGAAGUCCAUUACUUUUACGACCAAUGGCCCGUUGGUUUCGCUGUCUCAAGUAAGGGUCGCAUAUUCGUGACGUACUAUCCUGGAAACUACACAUACACUCUUGGUGAGGUCGUGGAUAAAACAACUGAGCGGCCAUAUCCCAGUCAGGAAUGGAAUGUUCCUCCCGACGAGCGCACGCAGAACGUGGAUGGGAUUCUAUUUGGAUCAAAUAAUCGCACCGGGUUGAUCAGCGUGCAGGCACUGUAUAUCACGCCACAGACGGAUAGCCGUCCAGAAACCUUGUGGGUGCUGGAUGUAGGGAGACCGAAUGUAGGCGUCACCGGGGAGAUGGCAUAUGCGCUACCAGGUGGAACGAAGCUUGUCGCAAUUAAUCUCGACAAUGACACAGUUACGGACGUGUAUACUUUCCCAUCAACUGUGAAUUAUCCGGACUCAUCGCUCAAUGACCUCCGGUUUGAUCUACGGCCCAAUGUCACGGAAAGCGGCAAAGGGAUUGUGUAUUUCAGCGACGAAUCUCCAGAGGGCCGCAAUGGCAUCGUCAUGCUCGAUUUAGGGACUGGAGAGUCGUGGCGACAGCUCGAUCUCCACCCUUCAACACGAGGAGCAUAUGAUGUUGUUCCAAGUUAUCAAGGCGUUCCUUUCUAUCAAUGGGCAAAGGGGUCUCCAUUCAAGCAUUUAACUCAAGGAUGUGACGGUAUCCAGCUUGAUCCAUCUGGUUCCGUGCUCUAUUACUCGCCUAUGGUUUCCGACUACAUUUAUUCCAUUGAGACUAAAUAUCUGCGCGACCACACCAGUAUCGACUCCCUCGAGGCGGCAAAUGAUAACGUGAAGAAUCUUGGUCAGCGUGGAGGACACGGGAACGGAUUCGAGGGCGAUUCCAAUGGGCUGAUAUACCAGGGGAUCCCGGAACAGAAUGCGAUCUACUACUAUAACCCAUCCACGAGGCGUACGGAGCCGUUCGUGAGGGAUCCAAGGAUCAUCUGGCCAGAUGGACUGUCCGUCGGGGAAGAUGGAUAUCUUUAUGUCAUUAUCAACCAGCUCCCCUAUCAACCAAUGUGGAAUAACGGGACUGAUCUUCGCCAGUAUCCGGGCACUAUUCUGAGGGCGAAACUACCAAACGGAGGAACCAAGAUCACGAGUCUCUACUGAUUAGGGCUCUGGAUUAUAUAGCACUACGGUCCUAGAAUAUGGGCGUAGUGAGUGUCACAAUCACUACGAGUGCGAGGACGGGAGAUCAUACAUUAUUAACUGAU